AUGUCCAAAUCGAUUGCCAAGACAUGUUAUGAUGUGAUUAUUACAGGUGGAGGUCACAAUGGUCUCGUCUGUGCAGCGUAUAUUAAAAAAACAAUGCCCUCUCUUUCUGUUUGCGUUUUAGAAAGAAGACAUGUGACAGGUGGUUGUGCAGUGUCAGAACAAGUCCAUGAUGGAUAUAAAUUCUCACGUGCUUCGUAUUUGUGUAGCUUGUUUAGAGGACAUAUUAUGGAUGAAUUAGAUUUGAGAAGAAGAAUUAAAUUAAUUCCUAGAAAUCCCUCUUCCUUUACUCCAACUUUGAAUGAAAAUGAAUUUCUAUUUUUGGGAAGUGAUGGAGAAAUGAAUAAGAGAGAAAUUUCUAAAUUUUCCAAAAAGGAUGCUCAAAGAUUUGAUGCUUAUGAACAGCAAUUACAAAAAGUAGCACAAAGUGUUGAAUACUUGUUAGAUUGUGGUCCACUUGAUUUGGGUUAUGAUGAAAAUGCAAGUGUGAAAGAUUUAUUAUUUUCGGAUUCAUUUGGCAUUUUGAGAAAUAAGGAAAAUAGAGAAAAAGUAAAAAGAUUAUUGGAUGCUGCACGUGAACUUGGAUUAGGAAAUACUAGUUCUGCACUUGAUAUUUUCUUGAGUCCUGCAAAGAAGGUAUUGGAUCAUUGGUUUGAAAGUGAUCUCUUGAAAGCAACACUCUCUACCGAUUCUAUUAUUGGUGAAUAUUGCUCUCCAACCACUCCUGGAUCUUCCUACGUGUUGUUGCAUCAUGUCAUGGGUGAUAUUGGGUAUGGAAAAGGUAUCUGGGCCUAUGUUCAAGGUGGUAUGGGUGCUGUGACACAAGCUCUGACUGAAAUUAAUAAGGAACUUGGAGUGGAUGUGUAUACCAAUGCACAAGUCAAACAAUUUACUGUGAAUUCAAAUACUAAUCGUUGUACUGGUGUUGUUCUUGAAGAUGGAACAGAAAUUACUGCCACUAAAGCUGUUGCUAGCAAUUGUGAUCCUCACACUACCUUUAGAAAGUUAAUGAAUCAACAAGAUUUAAAUUCUACCUAUGGAGAAGAAUUUGGAAGAAAGGUCGAUAACAUUGAUUAUUCAAAUGCUACUUUCAAAAUUAAUCUAGCUGUGAGUUCUCUUCCAAGAUUUAAAUGUUUCUCAACUCCAAAAGAGUCAAGAAAGAGUAAUGGAAGUGGAAAGGAACACUUUGGAACUAUUCACUUUGAGACAUCAAUUGAUGAAAUUGAUCAAUCUUAUUUGCAAGCUAAAUCAUCACAACUCUAUUCUGAUAAUCCAGUAAUUGAAAUGACCAUUCCAAGCUCAUUGGAUGAAACUCUUGUUAAGAAUAAGGAUCAUCACGUCAUUCAAUUGUUCACACAAUAUGCUCCAUAUGAUUUGAAAGAAGGUCACGUUUGGAAUGAACAAUUAAAGAGAGAUUAUGCAAAUAAGGUUUAUGAUAAAAUUGAAUCAUAUGCACCUGGAUUUAAGAAUUCCAUCAUUGGAGAAGAUUUAUUGAGUCCAUUGGAUUUGGAACAAACCUUUGGAAUGAAGAAGGGAAAUAUUUUCCAUGGAUCUAUUCGAUUGGAUCAAUUAUGGAUGAAUCGACCAUUUAGAGGUUUCUCUAAUUAUCGUUAUUUCGAUAAGAAACAUGGAGUAGGAUUGAGUAAUUUAUACUUGUGUGGAGCUGGUGUUCAUCCAGGUGGUGGAGUGAUGGGAGCAUGUGGUUAUAAUGCUGCUCAUGCAUUGUUGAGACAUUUGGGAUAUCAAUAA